UAAGAUCGUGUCGACGUGCACCAGCCUCUUCUCAAGCGCCUUCGUGUACUAUUGGUCCGAGUACUUUCCCACAGUCAAGCUGAAGCAACCUCCGGUGUUUGAUGGCCGAAUGGUGUGCUACCCCACUCUACUGAACAUGCGCGAUUAUUUGAACUGGCGCCAGGCUGACUGCCACAUCAAUAACCUGUACAACACGGUGUUCUGGGCGUUGGUGCAGAAGGGAGGGAUGUCCCAGAAGGAUGCGGAAGUCCACCUGAAGAACACUGCUACGUACGACGGCAGUGGGCAGCAGCAUGGCGGUUGA